AUGCAGAAAGCGAGGGGGCCCGAUGCCAAUGGAAUUGCUCAUGGGAAAUUGCCCACCAAUUCCAUACGGGCAUUCCUCAUCUUUUGCAUUUCUCCCAUCUUUUCCCCAUCCUUUGGCCCCUUCACCCCCGUGCCCUUCCUUCCGUUCUCCAAACUCCCCAGUCUUCAUCUUUCCCAUCCCGUCUGCCCGUCCCCCGUUCACCCCGUGCCCCUCUCCUUGAUCCUCAAGCCUCAAGCCAUUGGGUCUCACUCUGCAUCCAUCGCACCCGUACAUCGCAUCCAUGCUUUGAUCAGGAUUCAGCAAAGAACCAAUCCCCACUCCUCCUUAGCUCGCGCGCCCAGCAUCCCAAGCGUCCCGCUCGCUGACCGUUCGAGUACCAUCGCUUCUUGGGACACGCCUGUCACACGGACACCCGCACCGGACGCAGCUCCGUCCCAUCUUGCACAGCUCGCUCCCUUCCAGUCUGUCUUCUGUUGCAGCAGCACCAACACCAGCACCAGCGGCACCACUGGCUACAAGCAGAAGCUCAGGGUCCUGGGGCUCCCACCGAGCGAUAACGGCAGACGGCAGACGGCGCCUUCAUCAAGUCAUUACACCAACAUCCCCCGGUUGUCUCAUUCUCAACAACCCAGCGACAAUUGGAUGCUAUUCCGUCAGCCUACCAAAGACGUUCUGUUCGCCUCUGGCCCCGUCACGGUCAUGAUCAAUGAUCUCUACAUUUUCAGGCCCACUAGAUCACUCCUCGCGUGCGAGAACUUGAAGCACCGCCAACGGUACCUUACUCGCAAGGCCGCCCACCCACCACUCUGCUAUGCCAACAUUACCGACUCGCCUCGGUCCUUUGCUGCGCGGGUUCUCGGUUCGCAGGCGGCAGACCCCAACGGCUCAUCAAGCUGCCAAGGACGGAUGCUACACAAUCACGAAGACAGCAGCACUACUGGCCCACUGGGCAGAAUCAACAACGCAGACAGAAGCCAAGAAGAAGUGUAUUCGGCAACUCCCAACUCGAGACAAGUCCUUGUGUCCACUCACACGCCUUUGCGCCUUUCUACUGGCUUGAAACAACAGAACACUGAUGCCUGUGGUCACCAAAUGGACAACUGCGGUUCGCCAGGGCCAGCGGUUCUGCAGCGGGAAUUGGCCUCCCUCAGUUUUCUCUCAGAUAACUAUGGACCCUGA